AUACAUUAAAUUGAAAAUGAAUAGAGACUUCUCGAAAAUUCUACAGUUACACUCAUUUUCCUGAAUUUCAAAUGGAGAUUAAAACUAUUACUUUAAACCCCCAAAACCAAAGCGAAAUUUAUCCAUAUCGUUUGGGCAAUCUUAAAGGCUAUAAAUUACCCAUUGUUAUAGGUGGUUCAGAUCCACGCAUUAUACCCUACAAUACUACUAAAGGCAAAGAAAUAAUUGGUGGAUUUGUGGGUCAUUUUAUUAUGGCAUUUGCUAAAAAAUACAACUGUGUUCUCGUACAACCAUUGCCAUUUCAUCCACAUGAACCCAUACCCUCACAAGAUCUUAUUAAAGCUGUACGUAAUGGCACCGUGGAGUUAUCGGCUGGUUUAACUUUUCCCCAGAUACCUUUUAUUGGUUAUUCGUAUGCUUACGAACAAUUAAAUUGGUGCAUUAUGAUUCCAGUAGAAGCCAAUAUACCAGGUUAUAAGUUCUUUACAUCCGUCUUCAAAGGUACCACUUAUGUAUUGGUUAUAGCCGUUUUAAUUAUUAUAUCCAUGAUAUUAAGUGCUGCUCAUUAUCUACAUGGUUAUCGUGCAGAUUUAUUCGAUGUAUUUUGUCACGAUGACUGUUUGCGUGGUAUUCUAGGUCAAUCGUUUUCGCAAAUAACUAAUCCACCCCGCAUAAUAAGAUUUAUUUAUUUGCAAAUUUGCACUCUUGGUAUAUUGUUCACCACCACCUAUAAUUCCUUUUUAUCUACCUACGUUACCAGGCCACCCAAAGAGGCGUUUCUCAAUUCAUUUGAUGAUAUUUUAAGAUCUGGCUUAAAAGUUAUUGCGUGGGAACCGGAAUAUAAUGAGCUGCUGGGUCGUGUACAAGGAUUUCAAAAAUAUAUUUCACUCUUCUAUCUCGUACAAGAUUAUCAGGAUUAUUUGGAAAAACGUGAUUCUUUUAAUAUCAAAUAUGGUUAUGUGGUACCUACCACUAAAUGGAUCAUUGUCCAGGAACAACAGAAGCUAUUCACUACACCUCUCUUUAGACAAUCGAACAAUUUUUGUUUUUUCAAUAAUAUACCCAUGUGUUUUCCCGUACAUGAAAAUUCCAUUUUCAAUUCUUUAAUCUAUCAAUUGAUUUUGGAAACCGCUCAAUCGGGUUUGACAUUCUAUUGGAGUGAAUAUGGUUUUUUGGAAUUAAUUUCAGCCGAUAAAUUAAUCUUAAAAGAUUUAAGUGCUAGAGAGGAAUUUCGGGCCAUGACUGUUAAUGAUCUACAAUAUAUAUUAAUAUUUUUGGGUAUCAUGUUGGUGUUUGUCAAUUUAGUGUUUGUGUGUGAAUUGUUAGUUUUCUAUCGCCGGAGAAUAUUCAAACGUCUUUGGAAGGGAUUUGCCAGAACCGAAAAGAAUUAA